AAGAAAAUGGUAUAUAGUAGUGAACAAGGAUAAUAGUAGAAUAUUUAUUACAUAUAUCGGACAGCUAUAUAAACCGGUAUAAACGGCGUCGCUGAAUCAGUUGUAAACAGGAGUAGUGUAAUGCGCGAGAUGCAACUAUUGUUACGAACCGCAAUGCGUUCUUUGAUAACAUUACUACUACUUGCUGCCAAUGUGUUAGCUGACAGCAGAGAAGUCGUCAAUAUUGACAAAAGUAUCAAGAUAAGCAUUAAAAAUGGAUUUUUUCAAGUGAAUAUAAUUGAUCGUAUCAUGAUUCUCAAUCUUACGAAAAAUGACGGCGAGAACAUGAUCAAUGUUUUUCAUACUAAGACUCAACCGGACACGCUGCAGGAUCCCUUCACGUUCGAUCAGAGUUGCGGCGCUAAUAAAAUCUGCGUAAAAAGCGGCAAGAUCUUACACACUGUUAUCCAAGCCGAUACGAACAGCGAGGUCGUCAAUGUUACUCGCAACAUCGCCAAUCCCUCUGCCGAGAUCAUCGAUUGUUACCAAUUCACUGAGGGCACGCAGUGGUUUGGCGGGCCAGAAUUGCGUUAUCAACAUUGGCCUAUACAACACAUGUAUUAUGAAGAAGAACCAUACCUGCCGACACAUCCUGCAAAUAUGGCAUUAGCUGAACGUUAUUGGCUCUCAGGCAAAGGAAUUUACAUCUACGUCAGCGAGAAGAAUUCGCUGUUCAUUGAUCAGAACAAUUAUAAGGACAAGUACUUGUGUUUGAUUGCCAAAAACAAGACUCCUUACCGACAUCGAGAGAGUGUCCAACUCAAUUACGAAUUGGGUGUCUUCGCAGACCCAAAAACCGCUCAUCAGUACGUGGUGACGACUCAUCUGGGCAAACCCAAGGGUCAUCCUAACGAGCGGAUGGUCCGGCAUCCCAUAUGGUCAACUUGGGCAAGGUACAAAGCUAAUGUCACCGAUAAGGUGGUAGAGACUUUCGCGGACGAGAUCAUCGCCAAUGGGUUCAAUAAUAGCCAGCUCGAGAUUGAUGACAAUUGGGAAACCUGUUAUGGCUCCGCCGAGUUCGAUCCCACUAAAUUUCCCAAUGUCACCGCUCUUGUACAGAAAUUGAAAGAGAAGAACUUCCGCGUCACUCUAUGGAUACAUCCUUUCAUCAAUAAAGACUGCGAACCCGCAUACUCUACGGCGUUGAACAAUUCAUACUUUGUAAAGAGCCUCGACGGACGCGUUCAGAUGCAGUGGUGGCAAGGUCAAAAUGCUGCCACGAUCGACUUCACAAAUCCGGAAGCAGUAAGCUGGUGGAUAGCGCGACUAAAGCUUCUCCAGAAGAGCGGUAUCGACAGCUUCAAAUUCGACGCGGGCGAGGAAUCUUGGUUGCCGCAGGUGGCGAGUUUAAACGGUUCUCUCGACAUGCAACCGGGAAUAUACACGCGUGAAUACGUUGCAGCGCUGUCCGCCAACUUCGAUGACAAUAUCGAGGUACGAGUAGGAUGGCGAACCCAGGAAUUAUCGAUGUUCGUCCGCAUGAUCGACAAAGACACAAAGUGGACGUGGAAUAACGGUCUGCCAACUCUGAUCACAACUCUGUUGCAAAUGAAUUUGAACGGAUAUGUCUACGUCCUUCCGGACAUGAUUGGCGGCAACGGCUACCUGGACGGUUCGCUCAAUGGUACAGAGUACCCAUCUAAAGAGAUAUUUAUCAGGUGGCUGCAGGCAAAUGUUUUCAUGCCGUCGUUGCAAUAUUCCUUUGUGCCAUGGGAUUUCGACAACGAAACCAUCGCCAUCUGUAGAAAAUACACUGCAUUGCAUGCAGAGUACGCGUCAGAAAUUUUAGAACAUAUGCAGCGAGCUAUCACCAACGGUACACCCGUAAAUCCACCUAUCUGGUGGGUCGAUCCGACUAAUAAGGAAGCUCACAAAAUUAACGAUGAAUAUCUUCUUGGAGAUUCCAUUCUGGUUGCUCCAGUGAUUGAAGAGGGUGCCAUUACUCGUGAUAUUUAUUUACCUGCGGGAAUAUGGCUCGAUCCGAAGCGAGAGGUGAUUUCUUUCGGACCGAAAUGGUUGAGAAAUUAUCCCGCUCCUUUAGAUGUACUUCCGUACUUUAUAAGAGCUAAGUCAAAUGAAAAACAGCACUAAAUAACAGAAGUUUCACUUACAAAAUAUUUAUUUAUACAAAUGUAUGUAAAUUGCUCCGCUAUGAUGUAACCAUGUUAAAGUGUUUUUAUUUUUAAAUUACACGGAUGUUUUACUUCCAUAAAAAUACGUUACCGGCGAAA